GGGGGUCCGGUGGGGGGUGGGGACCCUCGGACGCUUGGGGGGUCCCAGGCCCCGGCGGCUGCCGAGCGGAAGGGGUGGCGGACGAGCCGCAGACAUGUCCGGCCAGAGCCUGACGGACCGAAUCACCGCGGCCCAGCACAGUGUCACUGGCUCCGCGGUAUCCAAGACGGUAUGCAAGGCCACGACCCACGAGAUCAUGGGCCCCAAGAAGAAGCACCUGGACUACUUAAUUCAGUGUACAAAUGAGAUGAAUGUGAACAUCCCGCAGUUGGCAGACAGUUUGUUUGAAAGAACUACUAACAGUAGUUGGGUGGUGGUCUUCAAAUCACUCAUUACAACUCAUCAUUUGAUGGUGUAUGGAAAUGAGCGUUUCAUUCAGUAUUUGGCUUCAAGAAACACAUUGUUUAAUCUAAGCAAUUUUUUGGAUAAAAGUGGAUUGCAAGGAUAUGAUAUGUCUACAUUUAUUAGACGGUAUAGUAGAUAUUUAAAUGAAAAAGCAGUUUCAUACAGACAAGUUGCAUUCGAUUUCACAAAAGUGAAGAGAGGGGCUGAUGGAGUUAUGCGAACAAUGAACACAGAAAAACUUUUAAAAACUGUACCAAUUAUCCAAAAUCAAAUGGAUGCACUUCUUGAUUUUAAUGUUAAUAGUAAUGAACUUACAAAUGGGGUAAUAAAUGCUGCCUUCAUGCUCCUGUUCAAAGAUGCCAUUAGACUAUUUGCAGCAUACAAUGAAGGAAUUAUUAAUUUAUUGGAAAAAUAUUUUGAUAUGAAAAAGAACCAGUGCAAAGAAGGUCUUGACAUCUAUAAGAAGUUCCUGACUAGGAUGACAAGAAUCUCAGAGUUUCUGAAAGUUGCAGAGCAAGUUGGGAUUGACAGAGGAGAUAUUCCAGAUCUUUCACAGGCCCCUAGCAGUCUUCUUGAUGCUUUAGAACAACAUUUAGCUUCCUUGGAAGGGAAGAAAAUCAAAGAUUCCACAGCUGCAAGCAGGGCUACAACACUUUCCAAUGCAGUCUCUUCUUUGGCAAGCACUGGCCUAUCUCUGACCAAAGUGGAUGAAAGGGAAAAGCAGGCAGCAUUGGAGGAAGAACAGGCUCGCUUAAAAGCAUUAAAGGAACAGCGUCUAAAAGAACUUGCAAAGAAACCACAUACCUCUUUAACAACUGCAGCCUCUCCUGUGUCCACAUCAGCAGGGGGAAUAAUGACUGCUCCAGCCAUCGACAUAUUUUCUACCCCUAGUUCAUCUAACAGCACAUCUAAGCUGCCAAAUGACCUGCUUGAUUUGCAGCAGCCAACUUUUCAUCCAUCUGUCCAUACGAUGCCAGCUGCUCCUCAGGUAGCAAGUACAUGGGGAGAUCCUUUCUCUGCUACUCUAGAUGCUGUUGAUGAUGCCAUUCCAAGCUUAAAUCCCUUCCUCACAAAAAGUAGUGAUGUUCACCUUCCCAUUUCUUCAGAUGUAUCCACUUUUACUACUAGGACGCCUACUCAUGAAAUGUUUGUUGGAUUCAGUCCUUCUCCAGUUGCACAGCCACAUCCUUCAACUGGCCUUAAUGUUGAUUUUGAAUCUGUGUUUGGAAAUAAAUCUACGAAUGUUGCUGUAGAUUCUGGCGGCUUUGAUGAACUAGGUGGACUCCUCAAACCAACAGUGGCCUCUCAGAACCAGAGUCUUCCUAUUGCCAAACUUCCACCUAACAAAUUAGUGUCUGAUGACCUGGAUUCGUCUUUAGCCAACCUUGUGGGCAAUCUUGGCAUUGGAAAUGGCACCACUAAGAAUGAUGUAAGUUGGAGUCAACCAGGUGAAAAGAAGUUAACAGGAGGAUCUAACUGGCAACCAAAGGUUGCACCAACAACUGCCUGGAAUGCUGCAACAAUGAAUGGCAUGCAUUUUCCACAAUACGCGCCCCCUGUAAUGGCCUAUCCUGCUACUACACCAACAGGCAUGAUAGGAUAUGGAAUUCCUCCUCAGAUGGGAAGUGUGCCUGUAAUGACACAACCAACCUUAAUUUACAGCCAGCCUGUCAUGAGACCACCAAACCCCUUUGGCCCUGUAUCAGGAGCACAGCUGUCGGCAGCAUCCAGCCCCUCCAGGCACAGUCCUCACAGAGCUGCAGGAAAGGACCCCUUUGCAGAGCUCUCUCUGGAGGACUUCUUAUAAGUCACUUAGAUACAGUUUAUGUAACAAAAUGGAAGAGAAUGGAAUUAUUUCAGAACAUAAAUGCGCAGGUGACAACUCCUUACUUCCAGCAAAAUCCAAACUGCUGUCUCUGAAACUCUUCCUCCAUUAGAGCGCUCCAGUAACCCAUGAAGGCCCACGGCGGGGAUGGGACUAGUUUAUAGGAGAGCGUUGUCAAUACCAUUUAUAAAGCCAAGAAUUGCCAUGAUUUAAGACUAAGAUCUGUCUUUUUGGUGACUAACACUUCAGUUCUUUCAACUCCUAUUAAUACCCAUAAUCUGUAACCUACCAAGAAAAGCUCAUACUUGGAAAGUGUGGAGUUUGUGUUUGGAAAAGCUGCCUGGAGAGAAGAGUUGUGUCCUUUACCCGUACAUAAUUGAACAGGACUCAUUUGGGGAUCAAAAUCGUAAUUUCUAAUUAUGCAUUAUAUUUCUUUUCUCCAGUCCUCACAAAUACAGAAACCAUAAUUGAAGUUAACUUUUCUUUUUUUGAAAAAAAAAAAAUAAUUAUAUUCAGUUUGCAGUAGACAUUCCUUAAGUAUUUGUAUUUAUUUAUGAUUAUCAAUUUUACAUAACAUUAAUAUUAUAUCAGACCUCCUUAAGAAAAUGAGUAUGGAUGUUCACAGUAUGUUUGAUUUUUAUCCACAAGAAUGAAUCUGAUUCAGAAUGCUUUUCAGCUGACAUACAGAGCACUAAAUAUUUUAAGGCAAAUCCAUAGGUCUGAAUCUGUUAAGAAUUCUCAGUCUCUAUGGGAUUUAGGGAAGCAUUAUACAUGCAUUAAUCUUUAUAGUCAAUUCUGUGCCUAGGAUUUUGCAAGGGAACAGUUCACUGACUAGGAAAAGCACUACAUUUAAAAUUCAGCAUUAGUGCAUCGGGAAGGAUCUUACUGCUUUGUGCUUGGCAUGUCAUUAUUUUCCAUUUGACAUUAGGGCCUUUCCAAUUGAAUGUGAGGAAUUGCUUUCACUACAAGACUUUCCUUCUUUUCAGUAAAACUUUAGGAGAUGUUAUGGGGAAAGGGAGGGGGAUAGAAAUCCUUGAACUUUUUAUUUGGCGUGUGCCAUGUUAUGAUCAUGUACCUUUUAAAUAAGGGGAGAUAGUAUCUUUAAAGUCAAUGUCUAGCCAAGAGUUUAGUUAAUGAAGAAUUAAACUGCACUGUUGAUCGGUGCUUUCUGUAAAUACAUCUUAACGCUUGGGUUGAGAGGGGCCUUAAGAAGGACAGUUCAUUGUAGGAAAGCAAUUCUGUACAUGAGUUAAGCAUACUUGUUGCAUUGUCUCUGCAGAUUCUAUUUUUGUUUACAAUAUUAAAAUGUAUGUUAGCAAAUGGGUGGAUUUUCAAAUAAAAUGCAGCUUCCACAAAACA